GAUGAGACGGUCUCGUGUUUUCGGAAUAUGCGUUACGAAAUCACGAUAUAAAUGCGUUCAACUUGAGGCAGAAACGGUACACUGGAUUUAAGUGUGUUCAUGAAUAACGAUGGCGGAAAUACAUCGAUUAAGCAACCUCUGCUGGUUUGCUUUUACAUUUUAUUCACUGGCGAUUUUCGGAAAGCAGGUUAUGGCUGAAUUACGGUAUUCUAUUCCAGAGGAGAUGAAAGAGGGGGCUGUUGUUGGAAAUGUUGCCAAGGAUCUUGGUCUGGACAAAACCGAUUUGACUGAUCGACGGUUUCGCGUUGUGUCGGGAUCUAAGGGCGCCUUUUUCGAAGUAAACCCCGACAAUGGUUCUUUACAGGUUUGUAGAAAAAUCGACAGAGAGGAACAGUGUCAGGGAAGUGGAGCAUGCCUGAUGGAGCUAAAGAUCCUUGUUGAAAAUCCUUUAGAAAUACAUUAUGUAGUGGUAGAAAUUACAGAUGUAAAUGAUCAUGCUCCCAGUUUUUCGGAAAAGGAGCAGACAUUUGAAAUUGCAGAACAUUCUUCACCGGGAACACGGUUCGAACUGCACGCGGCACGUGAUCCAGAUGCUGGAAUGAACUCUAUCCGCACAUAUACAUUAACCGCCAAUGAUCACUUUGACAUAGAGAUUAAUCAAAGUGAUGACGAAAAAAUGCCAUACGUCGUUCUAAAGAAGCCAUUAGACAGAGAACAAAAGAAUAAACACUUGCUAGUUGUAACAGCAGUUGAUGGAGGUAAACCUCCCAGAUCAGGGACAUUAAAUGUUUCCAUAACUGUCCUUGAUAUUAAUGAUAAUCGUCCGAGGUUUAGCCAGGAUACUUAUCAAAUAGAAAUAUUCGAAAACAUCUCGGUUGGUACAACUAUUACAAGAGUAAGUGCUUUAGAUCCAGACGAGGGGACCAGUGGACAAAUAGAAUACAGUCUGAGCAAAACAUUAUCACGUAAGGUUUACGACAUGUUUGAGCUGCAUAGUGGAAGUGGAGAAAUUAUAUUGAAAGCAGAGCUGGACUUUGAAGACUCAGAAAUUUAUAAACUCGAUGUGCAGGCAUCAGAUAAAGGGACUCCUCCAUUAACAAGCAGGUGUAGACUAAUUAUAAAGAUAAAGGAUGUCAAUGAUAAUUCCCCAGAAAUAGAAAUCACAUCGUUGUCAAAUGCAGUGUCUGAAGAUGCAAAGAUUGGAACAGUGAUUUCACUCAUCAGCGUAACUGAUAAAGACUCGGGUGUAAAUGGAAAAAUAAUUUCAAGCCUAAACGAUGAUGUCCCAUUUGAAUUAAAACCUUCCUAUAAGGAGAACACAUAUUCAGUAGUCACCAAGGCGUUUCUAGAUCGUGAGGAGGUACCAUUUUAUGAAAUAACAAUAAAAGCAACAGAUUGCGGUGAUCCUCCACGAUCUAGUUUUAAAGCUAUGAACGUCCAGAUAUCAGACGUUAAUGACAACAGCCCCCGAUUCUCCAAAAACCUAUUACACUUUUACCUUUCUGAAAAUAACGUUGCUGGAACGUCAAUAUUUUCUGUAAGCGCAACGGAUAGAGAUGUGAACGACAAUGCAGUAAUUUCAUAUCAUAUUGUUCGAGACAGUGAUUUAACAUCUUUCUUAAAUGUGAACUCUGACAACGGACAAAUCACAGCUCUGAAAAGUUUUGACUUUGAGACUCUGAAAACUUUCCAGUUCCAAGUUGUAGCCACAGAUUCUGGUACUCCGUCACUGAGCAGCAACGUCACAGUGAACGUGUUCAUUCUGGAUCAGAACGACAACGCUCCAGUCAUCCUGUAUCCACUCAGCUCCAACGGCUCUGCUGAAGGUGUGGAGGAGAUUCCCCGCAACGUGAACGCAGGACACUUGGUGACUAAAGUCAGAGCCUAUGACGCUGAUAUAGGAUAUAACGGCUGGUUGCUGUUCUCACUGCAGGAAGUUACUGACCACAGUCUCUUCGGUUUGGACCGCUACACAGGACAGAUCAGGACACUUCGCUCGUUGACAGAGACAGACGAGGCUGAGCAUAAACUGAUCAUACUGGUCAAAGACAAUGGGAACGUUUCACUCUCAGCAACAGCUACUGUCAUUGUCAAACUUGUGGAGCCCAAAGAGGCUUUUGCAGCUUCUGAUAUUAAAAGUGCAGCAAAACUAGACGAAGAGGACAAUGUUACAUUUUAUCUGAUGAUAACUUUGGGCUCGGUGUCAGUUCUUUUUCUCAUCAGUAUCAUUGUGCUGAUUGCAAUGCAGUGCUCCAAAUCCACAAACUACACUUCUAAAUAUCUACAAGAACCAAAUUAUGAUGGGACACUGUGUCACAGCAUUCAGUACCGAUCUGGAGACAAACGGUACAUGUUAGUUGGACCCAGGAUGAGUAUAGGAUCUACUAUAGUCCCUGGCAGCCACGCAAAUACUCUAGUCCUACCUGACAGGAGGAAAACAUCUGAGGAGGUAAGACAUUGUUUUUGGUUGUUUUUACGGAAAUUCAUCCAUUCAGAUUAUAUCCCCUAG